AUGGAGUUGCCGAUUGGAGGAGCGAUCUGGCACUCCGGGUUUUGCUGGUUAAUCUUGCUCCUCCACUUUGUUUACAGAGUUUCCUCCAACGCCGAAGGAGAUGCCUUGAAUGCACUGAAGACAAAUUUGGCUGAUCCUAAUAACGUUCUGCAAAGUUGGGAUCCUACCCUUGUCAAUCCUUGUACUUGGUUCCAUGUCACCUGUAACAGCGAGAAUAGCGUGACACGAGUUGAUCUUGGAAACGCAAAUCUAUCAGGUCAACUGGUUCCCCAGCUUGGCCAGCUGCCAAACUUGCAGUACUUGGAGCUUUACAGUAAUAAUUUAAGCGGCAGGAUUCCAGACGAGCUUGGAAAUUUGACGGCAUUGGUGAGCUUGGAUCUUUACUUGAACAACUUGACUGGUCCAAUUCCAGUGACUCUGGGGAAGCUUGAAAAACUCCGUUUCCUGCGUCUCAACAACAAUACAUUGUCAGGAACUAUCCCUGUGACCCUAACUAAUGUCAUGUCCUUGCAAGUCCUGGAUCUCUCAAAUAAUCAACUAACAGGAGAUAUUCCUGUUAAUGGUUCUUUCUCUCUAUUUACUCCUAUAAGUUUUGCAAAUAAUCGGCUGAAUGUACCUCCGGCUUCUCCGCCUCCUCCUCUUCCACCAUCAGCACCAACUGCUUCUAAUGGAAACAGUGCUACUGGAGCUAUUGCUGGAGGAGUUGCUGCGGGUGCUGCUCUGUUGUUUGCUGCUCCUGCAAUUGCCCUUGCCUAUUGGCGGCGAAGAAAACCACAAGAUCUUUUCUUCGACGUACCUGCUGAAGAAGAUCCAGAAGUCCAUCUUGGACAGCUUAAAAGGUUUUCUUUGCGCGAACUGCAAGUUGCAUCAGAUAAUUUUAGCAACAAAAACAUUUUGGGUAGGGGUGGGUUUGGCAAAGUGUAUAAAGGACGCCUGGCUGAUGGUACACUAGUAGCUGUAAAGCGAUUGAAGGAGGAGCGUACACAAGGAGGCGAGCUUCAGUUCCAAACAGAAGUAGAAAUGAUCAGCAUGGCUGUCCAUCGCAACUUGCUUCGACUACGUGGCUUUUGUAUGACACCGACCGAAAGGCUACUUGUAUAUCCCUAUAUGGCUAAUGGAAGUGUAGCAUCAUGUUUGAGAGAGCGCCCGGAUUCACAGUCUCCUCUUAACUGGCCAAAAAGGAGGGGAAUAGCGUUAGGUUCUGCUCGUGGGUUGGCUUAUUUGCAUGAUCAUUGUGAUCCUAAGAUCAUUCAUCGAGAUGUGAAGGCUGCAAAUAUAUUGUUGGACGAGGAAUUUGAAGCAGUAGUUGGGGACUUUGGGUUGGCUAAACUCAUGGACUACAAGGAUACCCAUGUCACCACUGCUGUACGUGGCACUAUCGGGCACAUAGCCCCCGAAUACCUAUCGACUGGCAAAUCAUCCGAGAAGACUGAUGUUUUUGGAUAUGGUGUCAUGCUUCUUGAGCUAAUCACUGGACAGAGAGCGUUCGAUCUUGCUCGGCUUGCAAAUGAUGACGAUGUCAUGUUACUUGAUUGGGUGAAAGGGCUACUCAAGGACAAGAAGUUGGAGACAUUGGUGGAUGGCGAUCUGCAAGGUAACUACAUUGACGAAGAGGUAGAGCAGCUGAUCCAAGUGGCUCUCCUAUGCACGCAAAGCUCUCCCAUGGAACGCCCGAAAAUGUCAGAGGUCGUUCGAAUGCUUGAAGGCGAUGGCUUGGCCGAGAGAUGGGAAGAGUGGCAGAAAGAAGAGAUGUUCAGGCAAGACUAUAACCAUAACCACCAUCCCAACAGCAACUGGAUCGUGGAUUCUACGUCGCAUAUUCCUCCGGACGAACUGUCAGGUCCCAGAUGA